CCCUCUUCUGGGGCUUAAAAUUUCUAAUUUACAUUGUGAAGUUUUCUGUGGCUAGAAACCACUAAAUACAGACUCAGAAGUGUGAGGUGGGAAUGAAGCUGGGUCAGCCAGGAUGUGAUGGAGUUAUGAAUUUCUCUCAACUGUUUGCUGCGUGCCUGUGUGACUGAAGGUGUCAUACUAUGCAGAAGGCAUGGAUACGAAGAGUCAUGUGACAAGGCACAUCCUAGAGCUUCAGGAACUGGGAAGCAUGUGAGAGAAAAGGAAUUGCUGUAAUUAUGCUCUGAGGAAAGUGCAGCAACAAUGCCUUUAAAGCAGAGAGGGAGGAGGGUGGGACUUUAUCUCUGCUGGGGCUGGCAGGUCGCUGGUGAAAGGCUGGUGAUAGGGCAGGAUCUGGGGGGUUAGGAAAGGUGGCCUCUGGAUGGAAAUGUCUGAGUUGAGGUUUUCAACUGAACAGGAGCAUGCAAAGAGGAAGCCCGUGCUUGUGGUGAGCUUCAUAGCCCUGUGCAUCUUGCUGCUAGCCAUGCGCCUUGUCAAUGAUGCGACUUUCCCUUUGCUCCUGAACUGCUUUGGACAGCCUAAGACCAAAUGGAUCCCUUUGCCCUACACAUUCAGGCAGCCUCUUCGAACUCACUAUGGAUACAUAAAUGUGAGGACCCAAGAGCCUUUGCAACUGAACUGUAACCACUGUGCCAUCGUGUCAAAUUCAGGUCAAAUGGUCGGGCAGAAGGUGGGGGAAGAGAUAGACCAUGCAUCCUGCAUCUGGAGAAUGAACAACGCCCCAACCAAGGGCUUUGAGGAAGAUGUCGGCUACAUGACAAUGGUCCGAGUUGUGUCACAUACCAGUGUCCCUCUCUUGCUGAAAAAUCCUGACUAUUUUUUCAAAGAAGCAAGCAGGACCAUUUAUGUUAUCUGGGGCCCUUUCCGCAACAUGAGGAAGGAUGGUAAUGGCAUCGUGUACAACAUGUUAAAGAAGACAGUUGAUGCCUAUCCAGAUGCGCAGAUCUACGUGACCACAGAGCAGCAGAUGACUCACUGCGAUAGAGUGUUUAAGGAUGAGACUGGAAAGGACAGAGAGAAAGUUGGCCUCAUUUGGUUACCAGGACAUAGAAGACAGCACCGCCUCUUACCGACUGGGUCCGAUGCAUCAGUGCCUUGGCAUCCUGUGCACUGACUUACAUGUUUAUGACUUCUCGUAUUUACAUGCUGACUAACAGUCAAGUGUGUCUGUAUUUUAGUCAUUCAAUUUAUUUUAAAGCAUAACUUAUGCUCCGAAUGUCUUAUUUUAGCCUCUGGGAACCUCUUCAUGUUGACUUAGCAUGCUUUUGAUGCUCAGGAAAGGCCAUGCAUAGUUUUCCUCUUUCCUAGUAUUGUUGGGUCUUCAGCUCUCAUCCACCCAUACCUUUCUGCCCAUAUUCCGACGUUCGCCAAAGAGCCUUGAUUCUCUUAGCUGCUAAAAGAACAUAACCAUAGCACUAUGGCAUCCAUUAUUGCAAGACUGGGUUUUUCUUUCUUGGCCUUUAGAGUGGGCAGAGAUAACCAAUAUAUGCUGUGUGUCUUGUCUGUAAAUAAGAUUAUCAUGGUGUUCAAAUGCAGUCUUUUCAUUCUAACCCAGGCCUACCAGACUUUUAUUUUAACAUACAUGUCUUACAGUAUCUUACCGUCUUGUCUUCUGUCUGGCAGGCUGCCAUUUAAAAUCCCCAUUUCCUCUACCUUAUAAUACACGGUAACCUUCAAGUAAUGGUGAAUCAGCUAUGUGAUCAUUGCCAGCCUGUUAGGGGAACUGUGCAUGGAAGAUGUUUAAAGGUCAGGUAUGGGUGCUAAAUGCAUAAGGCUGCAUUCACUUGGUGUGUGCUGGGAUGUGUUUCCCCCUCCCCCCCAAAUUGCAAUAUUUCCCUCUCAAGUAACUAGGGGUGGGUGUUACCCUGGGCACACAUAGACACACACACACAAUGGACUAGGGGUGGGUGUUACCCUGGGCACACAUAGACACACACACAAUGGACUAGGGGCGGGUGUUAUCCUGGGCACACACAGACACACACACAAUGGACUAGGGGUGGGUGUUACCCUGGGCACACAUAGACACACACACAAUGGACUUGGGAACCAGACUUCCAUUUAAAUCCACUUUUGUUUCAGUCUGUCCACUCUUACUGUCAGAAUUCAUCAGCAAUAUCAUUUUCAUCUUAGAUAUGUUUGGUGGAGAUAAAGCUCAAGACCUUUGACAUGACAGGUAAACACUGUACCACUGAGACAACAUCCCCAAUUCAUCACAUUCUCACGGAGAGAUCAUGUCACUGUCGAUUCAUGGGCCUAAAAUGUUGAUGUCACUGUUACUUAAGAUUUUUUUUUAUAUAGAGAUAUUAUUAGGUUCAGUUUCUUGAAGGAAAAUACUUCUUAGUUUCUUUUCUUCAGUCAUCAAAGUUCUGUUUGAAAAAUACAGCCUUGGGCUGGUGAGAUGGCUCAGUGGAUCAACCAAGGUGUUUACCUCCAAUUCAAAGACCAGAGUUUGAUCUCUGGGACCCAGUAUGUGGACGGAGAGAACUGAUUCUCGACAGCUGUUCCCUAACCUCCCCACGCUCUCUGUGGUGCAUGCGUGGGUAUGAGCUGCCACUGUCACUUCCCCACCACAAAUGAAUAAAUGUUAGCUAAGUAUAUUUUCAUUUUCCCAGAGGCUUCCUCUUUCUUGUGAGACUCCUUACUGAGGAAAUGUGCUGUUGGGUAAGCAUUGCUCAAAGGCUUGAGUUUCUUGGAACAAUGCUAGACUAACCCUUAAGUAUAUUGAGAGACUUUUUCAAACCUAAGAGAAUUAAUUUGUUCUUGUAUUAUUUACUGCCUAAAACUCCUUGGCUUGUCUGUCAGUGUGCCCCUGUGGGGGAGCCUGAGAGCCUUGAGUGGACUCUCAGUUCUUCCGUAUGAAGGAGCCAGCUUUCUCUAGAAUCCUCUGAUCGUUGGACAAUGGCCACUUUUAUAGUUGUUCUUACCGAAUCCAAUUCUGGUAAACAAGAAUUAUGAAUUCUGCAGACCUCCCUUGCCUCCCAGAAACCUUUGGAGUAAAAGGUUUUUAUAUUCAAAACAUUCCGACCAAAAUGUCUCUUUGCUUCCUUUUUGAAUGAUUGGUAUGCAUACAUAACAGUAGCAUGCUGGCAGCCAGCAUUUACCCUAAUACAUCUUAAGAUGAAAUCCCCCUGGAGGUGCUCCUGCGCCGACGGUGGCACAUGGUGCCUCUCUCCCGAAUGAUGAGAGUAUGCGCGUGGCGUGCAUAGACACAGGGGGAAUAUUAAGUUCUCAGAAGGCCACAGGCACACCACGAGCACUAUGCUCUAACCUCUGGCAGGUGGGCAAUUGCAGCUUGCUUCCCACUUCAGAAACAUGUCGGCAGAUGUAGGCACAUUAUUUAAUUAACUAAUAAUUGAGAAAGCUAUAGUCACUAUUAAAAGAGCAAAGCUAAUUCUGGGCUGAUAAAGGACUCUUAGCUGCCCUAAAUAGGUCGUAAUUAGCUGGCAGCGGUGUAGCUCCACCUUCAGGGAUGGGUGAAAUUAAUGAAAGCUGGCAGUGAAUGAAACUGCAUUUCAUGCUCCUGCCUCAGGUAAAGAGGGUGAGGAGAGAGUGAGUCGCUUUUUAGGGCCAUUUAGGAAGCAGAGGACAUGACAGCCACUGCCAGGAAGUACAGAGAGCAUGGGACAUUGGUUUGUAUAUAUCAAGUUCUCUGCUGCCUUUCUGCCAGAGAACUCCAUCAUUGGUACUCAGUCUCCAGGAGAGAGAGAUAAGCCAGAGAUGUGCCAGCCCUCAUUGACAUCCAGUGGUGACAGUCCCCUUUGUCUAGCCAGGGUCUUAAAGGUAGCAUGAGUCUCACUCUUUCUACUGGGUCAUUUUUGAAAGUUUCUUCUAUUCACUCUAGGGAUUAAAUUGACUCACACCUCUUGGGUUUUCAAACUCUAGGUUGAGGUGUAUUACAUCUCCUCUGAGUAUCCGAGGUCCCUGUGAGCUCCCCCUACCACUGUACCAAGGCAAACAGCUUCAAAGACCACAGUGUAGGAAGAAGAGUCAAAAACAAGUCAUACAAGCUACCUUAGUUAGCCAAAGCCAAAGAAGUGUUAUUGUUGUAUGCUGACUCCAGAGACAGAGCUGUCUAGCUGAUCCUAACUUUCAGUAAAUAGCUCCUAACCUCAGAAAAACCUGGACCAAGAGAAACACGAAAAGUGGAGCAAGCCUUGGAGGGAACAGACAGUAUUAAAAACAGUGUUUCCUCUUUUUGUUCUUUUGAAGACUGUCAUUGAAAAUACACCGAAGCACCUUUUCCUCUGUAAGUGGAAUUAAUGGCCCUUCUCCAGCUGAUUUAUUUGGCAGGAACACAGAGUUCAUACAACAGUUGUGGGCAGACCUGUUGGACUCCCAAGUCACAAAAGUAUUAUAAGGCACCUAGGACUGUGGCUUUGUGCUAACAAGCAUCCAGGCACAGGGAACUUCCAUCUUCCCAUUAUUAAGUGGCCGGUAUAGGUACCUCUGUAACGUGCAGAUACUGGAGAUUAAAAAUCCUAGGAGAAAGCCAGGCAUGGUGGUGCACGCACUCGGGAGGCAGAAGCAGGUGGAUUUCUGAGUUCGAGGCCAGCCUGGUCUGCAAAGUGAGUUCUAGGACAGCCAGGACUACACAGAGAAACCCUGUCUCGAAAAAAAAAAAAAAUCCUAGAAGAAGACAGCAUCUCUUAGUAACAGCAACAUAGAAUGUACUGACUUCUGUGAAUUUAAAACUCUCCUCUCCUCUCUCUCUCUCUCUCUCUCUCUCACACACACACACACACACACACUUGUACACACACAUGAUGGGAGAGAAGGAGGAGAGAAAGAGAGAGACAGACAGAGUUAAGUAGAGAGAUUAUGCUAUGUAGAAAUUUCCAGCAGACAGUUGCACUGAAUAUCCCUCUCCACAUAGCGGCUUCUGAGCACUGCGCAGGCGUUGCCUGUUUGACAGGACACUGUGCAAGCCGCAGGCUGAGUCUAGAACUGGGCUUUCCAGGCCUUCUCUAAGGGGUGCUUGUUUGUUUUAGGUUUUGUCUCACAUUCAACUCUCUACUUCUGUUAUUUGGAUUUCUUCUGGCCAUAUAUUUAUUUACUUACUUAGACUGUCUUUCUCUCAUCAAGACUAGGUCACCACUAAGGGAGUUAAGAUUUGUGAGCCAAAAACAGUCUCUUUCUCUGUGUUCUUUUAAAAAUAGACUUGAGGACCGAAGAGAUGGCUCAGUAGUUAGGACCACGUGCUGCUCUUGCAGAGACCCAAGUUCAGAUCCCAGCACUCAUGUCAGACAGCCCUCAACCCUAUAAUGCCUGUGUCAUGGGGAUCUGAUAUCUCUGGUUGCCACAGUCACCUGACUCCCAUGCAUGUGGCCCCACACAUGCACACAUAAUUUAAAGUAAAAUAAAUCUUUAAAAAAUGAACAAAAUAUGUUUCUUUUUUGUUUGUUUGUUUGUUUGUUUUCACUUAAUCUUGUUAGGUUCAUCCGCACUUCUAGAGUUUAACUGCUUAAACCAUCACUUCAGAGCGCCCUGCAGAAUGCACAGAGUGCUGGCGCCUGCAGAUUGCCUCUGUGGGGUGCUUCCUUCUGGAAACAUUUCUUCAUAGCUAUAGAAAAGACUCCAUUGAAUUAGAGUUCUUAGUGUAGCUCUUUUCCUUAAUACAGAGUAGAUUGUCUGAAUCCGCAGAGUCCGCUCCAGACUUCGGUGUACAUCUGGUUGAUUGCUGAUUCGGGCGAUCUGGAGCCAGGGUGUAGAGUUUGCAUUUUCAAUGAGAGCCCAAGCCAGCUUAAUGUCGCUCAUCUGAGGAGGCCACCUUAAAAUGUGCUAUCUUGAUUGUCUUGAAAGAAGGACAGAAAGUAUCUCAUUCAAAGAUCAAGAAUAGCUGUUUCUCAAUUAACCAUGGUAAUCUUUAGUCAGAUCCCGAUUCUGUGGUCUUAAGCCAGGGCACGUAUGUGAUGCACUGUGUCCUUUGUCCAUCUUUGUGGGACAGUGUCGUGAAGACUGGUACCCAUCUCAAUAGUAAAAGAAAGUGUACUGUUUACCAUACGCCAUCCCUUUUUCAGAUAAGGGACCCUCAGGUGUCAGGGCUCCUUGGGUUCUCCUCAGUGAUGGCCCACUUCACCUCCUCCAUUAUUUCCACUGCUGUGGCUAUAGUGCAGUAUUGCCUGCAUCCCACACAGGUCACUAUUCACCCAUCCCACCUCCCCCACAGGUGACGACUCACCUGCCUCGCCUUUGUGCUUGUGCAGAGACGCUUCUUAUGUGACUGGCCCUUUCAUCACGAGUCACAUGGACACAGGCCAUGCUUCAUCACCAAGUCAAGUGCCACUUCCUUCAUGAAGCCUUUUGCAACGUGCCCAGCUAGAGCGUGUUUGCUCUGAAAGCCCAUAGCAUUAUAAGCUUGAGGUUUUUUUUAUAGAAACCAUCACUUUUUAUCAUGCACCAUUGCUGCUUAAGUCUAAGCACAUCAGAUGCUCCACAAACACCUCAAAAGGGUACGAGCUCUUAUCCAUUUGUUUCUCCAAGCACCAUAGACUGCUUGACUUAAUAGUCAUCCAGUAAAUAUUUAAUGGAUGGAUAUAAAUGAAUACAAAUCCUACCCAAUACGUUUGUGAGUUCAAAAACCCUUUUUGUGAGCUGGAGAUACAGCUUAGCGGUAGAGAGCUUGCCUGGUGUGUUCCAGGCCCCAGGUUCAAUGCCCAUUACUGAAAAAAACAACCUAGAAAUCCCUUUGUUGUUUAUGAAAUACCAGUGAAUUUCCGAGCAGUUUUAUGUCAUAUAGGUGGCUCACAGCAAAGUUGAAUGGAUAAAUUGUAGGGCUGAAUUCUGAUAGAAAAGUCUCCACAGUUCUAUUCAGAGAGACCACCUGUGCUGUCUUAGCCAAAGGUUGGCAAAUCUGUUACCUUUUCUAGGGUUUUCAUGGCUGGGUGCUGGGUUUGUAAUAAGUCACUGACAGAUCCAUUCUUCAAAGGCAGUCUUCUAUUUUAGUUUCUCAACAGUGGUAAAGCAGGUUCCAAAAUCUCACUCAAAAUUCUCUUAGCUGCCAGUUGCUUCAUGAACAGACCCACCCAGAGAACCUGAACCCACCAACACUCUUGAUCCUCAGGAGGCAAAUGUCACAGUUACCCAGAGCAGAAACAAAAACAAAAGACCCAAGCACAGGACGAAAGCUUCUAGCAAAAGCAUCUGGGUUUCAUUCUUCAGGUAUGCCUCUUGAGUUGUCCUAAAACACACACACACACACACACACACACACACACACACACACACACAGACACACACAUAUCUGUACACACUCUCUCUCACACACACUCACACGUACAUAACAUUUUCUUCUUUGAUAGGAAAUCUAUAAAUUAUUACACUGGGAACACUAAAUAAUUUCAUGAUGAGCCUAGAGAAAAGAAAAAAUGGCAGCUAUAUCUUCUAGUCCUCUGCAUAAAUGGUUGAUGGGUUUGUGUCCUACACUUGAAGGGAAAUUAUUGAAAACAUUUCUUUUAUACAAUUCAGCUCAUGCCCCUCUUUGGUCAAACUCUGUGAUAGCCCUCUUCCAUAUUUUAAAAAUUGAAUUCAUAUCUUCAUAACCCACUCUACUGGUUUUGGUUUUAAUGUAGUUGUUUGGGACAAGGUGCUAAGCAGGCCUACAACUUGCCUCUUGCUUCUAUGUCCUGUGUGGUCUGUAACCGUACCCGGUGUUACCACCACAUGUGAUGUAUAUGGCGCGUGGCUCCCAGGGUUUCUGGUGGGGUCCUGGUCCCUUAUUUACUCUCUUAGAUUUGUAUGUCUGACUAACACCUUGUUCCCUUUGCUUUGUCAACCUAGACACCUGGCAUGCUUGCCUUGGGUACUGUCACUCUAGCACAUUGCCAGGAUAUUCUUCCUCCCAUGUAGUGCAGAGCCAGCUCAGUGAGCAUGCCUGAAACAGAAACAUGGACUUCUUAUGUCCGGCAUGGCCAACUCUUACCUUGUUCCACGUUUCCUUCUUUUACAUCAUGGCCUUUCAAAUCUACUGUAGUCUGUGAUGUGUUUGUUUACUUCCUUGCCUGUUUCUUUUGUGUGUAUUCCCUUCUAGGACAUAAUGUUCCCUAGGGAAGAGUUCACUGUUUUGUCCACUCACACAGACCAAGGACCUCAAAUAAUUCAGGUUAUACAAUAAAUAAUCAAUAUUUUUUGGUGGUGAAUGACCUAAAGAUAAACAUAGAUAUAGGUGAUCUUGUAAAACUAGUCUUUCAAGUAUCUGGAAAACAAAGAAAGAGUUGCAUGCUUUCAGGGAGAGCCUCAAAUGUAGGCAAAGCAGUGGGUUCCUUCCAGCAGAGACUGCUAGCUCAGAAAUGCUAGGAUGGGAGUUGUGUUAUUCAAAAGAAACACUGUUUUGCCUAAGUAACUACCCUGAGUGAUUUUCAUUCCUUAAUAUAUGGUCUGGUAGUUAAAAUGUCAUGGGCUAGAGUGGGUAAUUGACUUGCUCUCCAGUAAGGGCAGCAACAUUCUUUUAGCUGAGUUGGGGGAACAGUGAUUCUAAAGUAUGAGCCUAGGUCAGGCUCACCUGGGAGCUGACUGAACACUCAGAGCUCGGCUCCUGCUGGAGUGCCCUACUUGACUUUUCUGAACUACACCUCAACUCAAGAGCUCUGUCUUUCUAGGAAAUGGCCAGGUAGUGCUGCGUAGAUUCCAGGUCCACCCUGAGAGGGACUGUGCGGAGAGGGUAAUAUUCAGUUAUUUUAUCUGUAUUUAGUUAAAACUCAGUUGUAUGAGCCUAACAUAGUUAUAGAUAGCCUCUUACCCAUGGUGUAGUGUCGUAUAAGUGUCUAGAAUUCUUUUCUCUGAUACUUUAGUGGCAGAGGAACCUUCAGCUCAGCGUGAAUGCCCGUGCAGCGCUGUCAUUUCGUCUGUCACUGUCUUAAGCUUGUGCCCCUCCUCGACCGUGUCAGAUGUUGCUCAUUAGUGUGUAAGGGUGCAGCACUUUAUCACUGUAGGUAGAGAACUGAUGCUCACUCUGUCCUGCCCCUGAGUGAAGCAUGGACUUGUAGGUGUGUGCUCACUCUGCUGUGGCUUUCCAAUCAGGUGUUUAUUUCCCUAACAAAGCGUAAGCUCAUUGCUUCCUCUCUGUCCUGCUUUUCCCUCCAGUUACAUCGCUUUGAAGUUCCUUUACCACUGUUUGAACACAGUGCUCAUCACAGCCUUACCUCUGCUGGUGUGUAAUUUCUCUGUUGCUUGAAUUAGCCACACGAGGUGGUUAUCUUGGAUGCAUGCCCGUGAUUUAAGAUAAUGAAUAACACUUCAUUGUCUGAUUCAUCCAACCAGAUGGGUAGCCCAUCAUUAUGACAACACAUUCAGGCAUUGUUUUCCAUUCACCAUGUCUCCCCCCAUGCAGAAGGUAAAGGAAGGAAGCACAAUCAGUGAAUGCCAUUUUUAAAGGUUGAAACUCUGAGACGCCAGCACAAACAUGGGCAGCCUUUUCUAGAAACAACGAGACUGUGUGAAGUAAAGAACUGCUUAAAAUUUAGGGACUGGGGCAAAUCUGUAUAUUAAGUAUUCAAUACGUAGAAUUUGAAAAAUGUUUUUCAUUAAAAAGAGAAACUACUGGAUACUUCAUGCAAAGGCAUGGUUGGGUGCGCAGUGCCAUCUCCUGCCAUGAACAGGUCAUUUAGUGGUCCUAGAAAACUUCUCUACGUGGUUGUGGGGUUUUCUUGGGUCUUUAUUGAUUAGGGGUAUGAGAAGAUGUAGUGGGAUUUUCUAGAAAGGUAGAUGGUCUGUUAAGGUGGUUCUUUUUGUUGAGAAUCCCAUUAAAGCUUUAUGAACUAAGUUGUGCAUGUCCUUGUACUGAUGUGAGUGUUCUGGCCUAGUCGGUCACCGUGGAAGAGCAAGGCAUAGUUCCUGAUUCAAGGUCACUGCCCCAACACAUUUAUCUUAGUUUUCCAUUUCUUUUUCUUUUUCUCUUCUUUCCUAUUGCUGUGAUAAAAUUCUUUUGCAAAAGCAACUUAUGAGGGAAAGGGCUUGGUUUAGCUCAUCGUUCAAGCCAUACUUGGUCAUGGCAUCAGUAAUUUGGAAGCAUCUGGUCACAUUACAGCCAUAGUCAGAAAAAAAAAAAAAAAAAAAGCAAUGACUGUCACAGGCUAGAGCUUAGCUUGCUUUCCCAACUUUUAUACAGUCCAGAAUCCCAGAUGGGGAUUGGAGAUACCCACAGUGUGCAGGGCUUUCUACCUCAGUUGUCCUAAUCAAGAUAACCCCCCACCUACAGACACACACACACACACACACACACACACACACACACAUUAUCUCUCAGUUGAUACUAGAUUUUGCCAGGUUGACAGUUGACACCACCUGCAGCCAUGUUUUGUAUUUCUGUUGUGUUUAUCCUCAUCCGUUGGGCUGCAACAGAUACCGUCAGCUCCACUUAGGAGCGCAUUAGCAUUGAACUUCCAUCAGUGGAGCACUUCUCAGUUGUUUGUGCUCCGUGGAGAUUGCCAUGCCUCUGCCGCUUUCCUUCUCUUGACCUCCAGUGGGAGCCAUCCAAGAGCUUAGCAUCCUACCCUAGCUAGGGGAAAUCGUGAGCUACUUGCAGCUCUGUCACCUGGACCAAAUACAGAAAAUAAGAAGAGCAGAAACUGCAGUAAAACUGGCACACCCUACUUCCCGAGCAGGUGGAUGCUUGAUGGGCAGAGAGUUUCUGGUGUUUCUGCUGCCAGGCACAUUGUGGCUGUUCAAUAAAUAUUAAAUAAUAAGAAGAAUUUCCUAAUUACGACGCACAUUUUCCUCUAUCAAGCAGAUGGUGCUCUAUAGGAGCGGGCCAUUAUUUAUAAGUGUGACACAAGGUGCUGGCAAUUGUAUGUGAAAUGCGGCUCUCACUUCAGUUGCUGGUUAUAUGCUACAGCAAAGUUUGAUCAAUAUUAGUUAAUGUUUUUGAUUUAAAAAAAAAAGCCUGUGACUAGAGAGAUGGACUUUUUGUGUCCGUGUCUGUAAUCCUGCCAUCGAGAUGAUUAAUAGAGGCUUCAGCUGUAAAUUCAUCCCUUAUAAUGUGAUAUAAAAGGCCUCUGAGCAGGCAGCACGGUGUGAACUGCGAGUCUCGUCCCCCCUGCCUUCUAUGGGAGUUUUCCUUUCAAGUCCUUGGACUGUCUCUGUGGUUGCUAAGGCAAGAUGCACAGACCUCUCUGAUAUUCUCGUGGCUCAGAGCCAUAACUGAAACCUCACAGGGACUAAGGAGAACUAAUUAGGUGUUCCCAAAAUACACAUCAUUUUAUGAUUUUGCACAUCACCGUGAUGAAAAUAACAGUCUAAUUCCAUCAAGUCAUGUAAAUUAUAGCGAGGGGGACGAUGAGAGGCGGCAAUCCUCCCUCCUUCAGAGACGUUAACUCGGUUGUCAGCACAUCCACAGGUCCAGAAAUCACAAAAAAGAGGCACAACUUUGUAGUGCAAGUGAGGUUUGGUGAUCAUCUAUGGCUUCCAUUUCUUUUUUUUUUUUUUUUUUUUUGAAUGAUAUUUUUAUUUUAUUUUUUUUUCCAUUUUUUAUUAGGUAUUUAGCUCAUUUACAUUUCCAAUGCUAUACCAAAAGUCCCCCUUACCCACCCACCCCCACUCCCCUACCCACCCACUCCCCCCCUUUGGCCCUGGCGUUCCCCUGUACCGGGGCACACAAAGUCUGCGUGUCCAAUGGGCCUCUCUUUCCAGUGAUGGCCGACUAGGCCAUCUUUUGAUACAUAUGCAGCUAGAGUCAAGAGCUCAGGGGUACUGGUUAGUUCAUAAUGUUGUUCCACCUAUAGGGUUGAAGAUCCCUUUAGCUCCUUGGGUACUUUCUCUAGCUCCUCCAUUGGGAGCCCUGUGAUCCAUCCAUUAGCUGACUGUGAGCAUCCACUUCUGUGUUUGCUAGGCCCCGGCAUAGUCUCACAAGAGACAGCUACAUAUGGCUUCCAUUUCUAAAGUGCGCUUCUAUGAAGGGUCUGUGCACAUGCAAGCAUUCAAGCGUCUGUUAGGAGCUGAGGCAGCUGCAUCCCUUCUCAUCAAAGAUAGAGAGCAUCCUGCUUACUAACACACCCACAUGCACUCCUACUAAGCUCCUCUACUAAGGAGGGGCGCUCCUGGGUUUGAUAGGCAGCUCAGAGAGUAGCUUCAUUCAUGCCUUCUGCAGAUGUCUCCCGAGCACAUAUUCCCUGGGUGAUAAGUAGGUGUCAGACAUUGUCCAGAUGCAGAGGCGCUGUUGAUGUUUGAGACACGUUCUCUGGCUGAGGCUCUGGCAUGUGUAGGCAGGUUCUCUACAUCCGGUCUCACCUCCUUGUUUUUAAUAUUUAUAAAUAACACUCAUCAGGAUGUCAGUAGGUAGGAAGUGAAAGUAGCUGAGAAACCUGGCCAAGACGAAGCAAAUCCCAGCGUGAGUUAAAAAGAUGCUGCCCCCAAGGAUAUGCAGUGAGCCGAGAUGGAUUCUCGAGGCAAAAAAAAAAAAAAAAAAAAAAA